AUGAAUUAUGCAGUUGGACCCCCUGAACUUUCACCUGCUGCGCGUCUGCUCGCUAGAACUUACGAAAACCAGGCUCUUGUAUUUCGUGAUGAACAAGGACAGGAGAGGGUUUAUUGUUCUAUCUGCUGUGAGUAUGGAUCUGGCUCUUCAUCUAGAGGGUACGGUUACCACUCUCCUGAUGGGAGUAGAAAUAUCACCGUACCUGCGUUUGAAGCUCAUCGUGGUACUAAGUACCAUGCUAAAGCUGUGAUUGCUAAAGAGAAGGGGAAGCAGCCCCUUGAACCUGCUGUGACUGCUCCUGAACCUGUUUUUGGUGCUACAUCAGAGCAAGGGUCUGUGACGGCUGUCACUGUUGAAGUCUCUUUGCUUCAACAGCUGGUUACCCUCAUGGAGAAGAUGAAGAGAUGGGAACAUUGGGAGGCAGAAACUAGGACCUUGGAAUAUCAAUUUUCAAAUGAUCCAAGGAGGUUCCAAUUCAUUCACCAAACCUCAUUUGGAAGGAGACAUCUUAGAUAUUGGAGUCAAUACAGAUUGUUGCGACUGCCGGUUAAUUUUCUUCAACAGUUCUUUCAAUCAGUCUACCAAGUAGACUAUCUCACUCUUCGACAUGGCUUCAUCACAGCUCAUUUCUCUGAAGGAAAUAGCUUCGAUUUCCAGAAGUAUAUCGAGAGAGCACUUGAGAAAGAUUUUGAGGUGGCGGUUGGUAUGCGCCUCUGGAUUUGGGUGUUCUCUGUGCUCUUCAUAUUCUUCAAUGCAUACGUAUUCCAUAACUAUGUUUGGCUUCCCUUCAUCCCAUUAGUGAUGCUGCUCAUUGUUGGCACUAAGCUGCAAGGCAUCAUUACAAAAAUGUGCUUAGACACUAGUGACAAGUCCCAUGUAAUCCAAGGAACAUUGCUUGUUAGACCAGGCGAUCACUUCUUCUGGUUCGAUCGUCCCAGAUUCCUCCUCCACCUCAUGCACCUCCUCUUGUUUCAGAACUCGUUUCAACUGGCAUUCUUCGCAUGGUCUUGGUACAAAUUUGGACUGAGGUCGUGCUUCCACCGCAAUAAUAAUAAAACUAAAAUAAAUAUAAAUAUUUAG